UGCCCCCUGUUUUUUUCCAGCUUGCAGAGGCUUGGAAAACAUGAUCAAGUAGGCAAAUCCUGGAUAGUUGCUGCUAAGCCCACCUUGAUGGCUUCUGCUAUUAAUUAGCUUUCACAACCAACACUUCGAUAUCAUUAAACAAAACAGAUAGCAACGUGCUCCUCCAUAACGUACGAUCUAGAGAUCCUAAAAAAUAGAAAAAAUAAUCAAACACACUACUUUCUCCUCCUCCUCCUCACUUCCCCAUCUCCUCUGCACAAAUCUGUAAUACCCAUCAGCUCCAUUUUCAAGAAUUUGCUUCAGUUUAUUUGUCAAAAACUAUAGCAAGCAAUGUCAACUCAGCUCUCGAAGACAGAUUCAGAGGUAAGCAGCCUAACCCAGUCAUCUCCCGCAAGGUCAUCUCCGCCUCGCCGCCCUGUAUACUACGUGCAAAGCCCGUCAAGAGACUCCCAUGAUGGCGAGAAAACCACCAACUCAUUCCAUUCCACUCCAGUUCUUAGCCCCAUGGGGUCUCCUCCUCAUUCCCACUCUAACUCUUCCUUAGGGCCUCACUCCCGCGAGUCCUCCUCUACCCGCUUCUCUGGCUCCCUCAAGCCCCAUCGCAAGACUGAUGGAGCCAACCUCAAAGUCAGCCGGAAACCAUGGAAGGAGUUUGACGCCAUUGAAGAGGAGGGUCUUCUGGAUGGUGAUAUUCCCCAAUAUGGCUUGCCUCGUCGUUGCUAUUUUCUUGCUUUUGUUGUGGGCUUCUUUGUACUUUUCUGUGUGUUUUCGUUGAUUCUUUGGGGUGCAAGUCGACCUCAGAAACCUACAAUCAUUAUGAAGAGUAUAGUUUUUGAUCAAUUUGUAGUACAAGCUGGUUCGGAUUUCUCUGGAGUAGCUACAGAAUUGGUGUCCAUGAACUGCUCGGUGAAGCUCACAUUUCGCAACACUGCUACGUUCUUUGGGGUUCAUGUAAAAGCAACACCUUUAGAUCUAACUUACUCUCAGCUCACUGUAGCUACUGGAACCAUGAGAAAGUUCUAUCAAUCAAGAAAGAGUCAAAGAUCACUAACAGUAAAUGUAAAGGGGAGUAGUAUACCCUUGUAUGGUGGGGGAGUUAACUUGGGCAGCUUGAAUGGUGCGCCAACUCAACCAGUGCCAUUGACACUUAACUUCAUGGUUCGUUCAAGAGCUUAUGUUCUGGGCAAGCUGGUGAAGCCCAAGUUCUAUAAGAGGGUGGAAUGCACGGUGGUCAUGGACCCAAUGAAAAUGAAUAUGGCAAUUUCGCUCAAGAACAAUUGCACUUAUCAGUAAAAAUUAAUUCAAUUAUUAUAGUUACAUCUCCUUGAUCAUGCAUGAACUUGGAAGGAAACAAAAGGCUAGGGAGUUAUAUAUUAUUAUUUUUAUUAUUUAAUUUGUUAUAUAUUAUCUUAUAUUUUGGCAAUAUGUAAUCAAUUAUAAGUUUUGAUUGAGACAGAAGAUGGGGGGUGAGGGGAAGAUUGCAACCUCCUGAGAAAACAUAAACUGGAUUAUGGUCAUGAGUUGUUGCCUGGACCCAUACAAAUCACCAUAUCUACAAUCUGGAUUCGUCGGUG